AUGGAGGGUCUAUCUACUCGAGGCAAGGAAUCCCGCAGCUGGGGGGACAGGACCCUCCUUCGCGGCAGCUGGGUUCAGCAGCGCCCCCGGUUGGCCGCAGGGGAAAGUUUGCAGAAAGCAUCUGAAACGCAAGGCGAGAGGAGAUCCACCCCGCCCCGCUGGCGCGCACAGGCAGAGGCGCAAGGAUCUCCCCGGCACCAGGACAAUCGUGGACGGAGAGGACCAGGCCGCGUGCAGCGACUCGGAUUGGGUCCCACGAACGCUCACCUGCGACGCCCCUCGCCUCAGUCCGCGACUCCGAGCUCUCACGGCGCACUAGGUUUGGAAGGGAACCGCCCCUGCACACGGGAGACAGAGACACGCACGACUGAUGCACGGAACCCUCCAGCUACCACAAGCAAGGCGGAGCGAACGUGGCGCGAACGUGGCGUCACCAGCGAGGCGCGCUGUCUGACGUCACCAGGUGGGUGUGGCCGAGCGCGCCCAGACAGUAGCUUCGGUAGCCUAAUCCGCGUGGAAGAGCUAGGGUGUCCCGAAGUCAGACUGGCCUAGGCAGAAGUAGUCAUGGCUUCCGAACCCGCGACGCCAUCCCUUGUGGAUCGAUACUUCACCCGCUGGUAUAAGGCGGAUGUUAAAGGAAAACCCUGUGAGGACCACUGCGUACUCCAGCACUCCAACCGACUUUGUGUUAUCACACUGGCAGGCUCUCAUCCCGUUCUUCAAAGUGGCAAAACUAUUAAAAGUAUUUCCUAUCAGAUCAGUACCAACUGUAGCAGACUUCAGAACAAAGUAUCUGGGAAAUUUAAACGGGGGGCACAGUUUCUAACAGAGCUCGCACCUCUGUGUAAGAUUUACUGCUCCGAUGGAGAAGAAUAUACCGUAUCUAGCUGUGUUAGAGGCCGGCUGAUGGAAGUAAAUGAAAAUAUUCUUCAGCAGCCAUCUCUUCUUCAAGAAAAGCCAUCCACGGAAGGCUACAUUGCGGUAGUGCUACCGAAAUUUGAAGAAAGUAAAAGCGUAACAGAAGGUUUACUGACACAGCAGCAGUAUGAAGAGGUCGUGGUAAAACGCAAUAAUGCCACAACAACCACAUAAAGGGCCUAAGAUGGAGAGACGGCACGGGAUUCUCAGCCUUCCUGGCCUAAACCGUCAGCGCACUGAAGAGAGCCAGUGUCCGAGAAGCAUUGCUCACACCAGCUGCAGGAGAAGCCCAGUCCUUACCUAACCUAGUUUCCCUCUUUUGUCUUACCAUCACAAGCCUUGGUCCCAUUUGUAUUCAGGCUCUCAGCUCUGCCUUGCCCAGGUACUUGCUUUGUGUGUUGGGAAGUGGGUGUUAGCUUGCACAUAGAAAACAACUUACUACUAGUUUACCUUUUGUUAAGAACAGCUUCUCAUUGGCUUGGAACUUUGCUAGAAAGCUCAUGAACUUCAAGGGAGAGUCUGUCUCCUCUGCCUCCCAUCUUGUAAGGCUGCUAUUAUAGGGACAUACCACCAUACCCAGCUUUUAUAUGGGCCUGGAAACCCAAACUCAGGUCUUCGUGCUUUCAAGGCAUAUUAGUUACUUUUCAGUUAAUGUGAUAAAAUACCAUCAUCAAAAGUAACGCCAAAAAGAGUUGACUUCUUGUCCCAUAAGCUCCCCGCACAGUACCCCCAAUAGUACCACCAAUACUUGGGGGCCAAGUGUUCAAAUACCUAAGUCUGUGGGGGUCAUUUUUUAUUCAAUCUACAACAUUCUUCCCAUGAUGCCUAUAGACCCAUACCAUGCAAAAUGCAGUCAGUCCAGUAUCAAGUUCCCAUACAUUAGCAUCUCAACCCUGUUUCCAAGUCUCUUCCGAGACUCAAUGCAAUCUCUUAAUUGGCUCCCCUAUAAUUCAAAAUAGCAGUUACAUACUUGCACAUACAAUGGCACAAAAUGUACAUUCCCAUUUCAAAUGGAAGGAAAGAUGACACAGUGAGGAAAUAAUGGACCAAAGCCCAAAACCAGCAUGAUAAAAACCAAGUCCUGCAGCUCCACCCCUAAGGGUUUAAUUUCAAAAGGAAUAGAUGACUGCCCUUGCAGCAUUGCUGCCUGCAACAGAUAUUUCCUGGGAGUUUCUGCUCUACAUCGCUCUUCCUUGGCAGAUGGCUCACAGCCCUGGUAUCCCCAGUGUCUUGAGAUCUGC